CUGCUAAAUUUAAGUGCAACACUUUUUGGAUUAAUUCCAGCAGCUGUAUUCAGUUCUCCUAAACGUCAUAUCCGAAACAGUUCGGUAUCAUCAGUCCAAAGUCGAAUCAGUCAACUGCAACAAGCUGUAAUUGCAUCACGUAAAACUUCGCCGAAGCAAAUUUCCACAAAUAAAAAAGAACGAGUUACUCAUCGGGAAACAUGUGAAUCGCUAACGAAUUAUGUUUGUGGUAUAAUGAAAAGUAAAAAUCUGCAACGUAAGUUUGAUUCAUCUGAUCAUGGCAAUAAACCUGCACCCUCAAUUUCGAGAAUGGUUACAGUAGCCGGACAGACUAUUCCUCACAUGAGACCGAUCAAAUUUCGCCGAAAGUUGUAUGAAUUUUAUGUAGCGCCAAUAACAACAUUUUGGGCAUGGGCAAUUACCUUUUGUGUAUUCCUAUGUUGCUUUACCUAUACAUUACUGGUUAGAACAUUAACUGUUCCAACAUGGAUGGAAUGGCUUGUAUUUGCAUAUGUUGCUGUAUUUGGUUUAGAAUAUUUACGUAAGUUUAUUAUGUCUGAACCGGAAUCGCUUGCUCAAAAAGUUAAGUACUUUUUUGAUAAUACUUGGAAUUUACUAACAACUUUAGCCGUCGUAACAUAUUUAAUUGGAUUUGGAUUACGACUGGAUAUAAAGCAUGAAUCAGUAAGGGCAUUUGGAAGAGUAGUACUGGCAUGUAAUUCGGUGCUUUGGUCCAUUAAAUUGUUGGAUUUCAUAAGUGUGCAUCCUCGUAUGGGACCUUAUAUUACAAUGGCUGGAAAAAUGAUUCAGAAUAUGCUCUACAUAAUCGUACUAUUGUUUGUUUCAAUGUUAGCAUUUGGUUUGGCUCGACAAUCAAUUACUUAUCCCAAUGAAAACUGGCAUUGGCUUCUUGUGCGAAAUAUUUUUUACAAACCAUAUUUUAUGCUCUACGGAGAAGUGUAUGCUGGUGAAAUUGAUACAUGUGGAGAUAGAGCUUGGGACUCACAUAUUGAAAAAGGUAUUCCCAUCAGUGAUUUAUAUAAUGGAACACGUUCUGACAAAAAUUGUCCAUAUGGUUAUUGGGUACCACCAUUGCUGAUGACUGGUUUCCUACUCAUUGCUAAUAUCUUAUUAAUGAGCAUGCUUUUGGCAAUUUUCAAUAAUAUUUUUGAAAAGACGGAUCGUGUUUCGAAAGAAAUUUGGCUUUUCCAACGUUAUCGACAAGUAAUGGAAUAUGAAAGUACACCUUUCCUUCCUCCUCCACUUACAUUUCUCUACUACUUAUGGAUGAUUUUCAAAUACAUUAAGAUCAAAAGAAAUUGCAAAGCAACUUUAAAGUUUGCGACAAAAACGAAUUCGAAGCUUUUUGAUUUUUCUUUAAAAUUAUUUUUGAAUGCUGAUCAGGUGGAAAAGCUACAUGAUUUUGAAGAAGAAUGCAUGAGAGAUUUAGCUCGUGAAAAAGAAUAUGAAAAGAGUAUAUCGACAGAAGAAAGAAUUCACCGAACUGCAGAACGAACUGAUCUUAUACUUGUUCGAUUGAAUGAUCUUACAAGUAAAGAAUCAAUCCUCAAAACAACAGUGCGUGAUUUGGAUCGUCGUUUGGAGAUCAUAGAAAGUAGACAGAUUGCCAUAGAAAGUGGACAGCAUGAAAUGCUUGAUUAUAUACGCCAAACAGCUAAUGCGGCACCUUAUCUCUUCCCAAAAGCAUCACAGCCGUGCAAUGGUAAUUUUCCUGUAUCAUCGUUACAGCUCAGCUCGUCUACGAAAGAAAACAGUCAAGGCAAUUUGUCAGGUGUGGCGGAUUUAGCAAACCUCUCAAAAAUUGACUAUUUAUCAAGAAAUGAAAGAUUGGAAACUAAGUCUUUGGGAAAUGGUUACAGAAGUCCAGUGAAAGAAAAUGACAACUUUAUUACUUGUGCUUUCUCAACUCAUCCAAGAAAACGUGCCCGUACAACAACGGUAACGAGUUGUGUUGAAGUUCAUACUGGUUCACAAAUGAAUGCGGAAAGUGUUGAUUACAAUCGUUUUGGAAGUCUGUUAUCGCUGAAUCCAGCCGUGUUGAAUCGUGGAAACGAUAGUUCUACGAUCAGGAAGAAGAGUGCGUGUGUAACGGAUAGCGUAAGGCGUGCAAGAAGGCAUGAAGAGUACACAUCAAUAACCGACGCGAUUAAUUUAGAUGAGUCUUCGCAAUCUGAUAAGAUUCAUUUUUGUGAUAAUGAUCUUCCCGAAACACAUAAUGAUCGCCACGUAGAGAAUGACGAUUUAGUUGAAGAUGUUGAUAAUAUGGAACCGGAAUAUAGCGGGACAAUCACUCCAACAACAACUUUAAGAAGAGCAAAAGAAAGCUUUUUGCGUCAACAAAAUGAUAUUUUUAAAGAGUAUGAGGAAGUGCGACAAGUUAUGGUUACUGGUCCUAGCGAAUCAGCUCCGAUUAAUGAAAGUGAUGUUGGAGAGGAGAUGCCGAGUGGUGUUAGUGAUAUAGGAGAGGAGUCGAGGAUUGUUCUGGGUGAUGAAGAGCUUCCAGAUUCGAGCAAAGAGUAUAUCGAAUUUAGCGCUGAGCAUCAUUCAGAAAAGGACGCAUGUGCUGUCAUAGUAUAA